CGGCUUUGUUGUCCUCUCCCCCAGUUUCUCCUCCACCCCCUCCAAUUGACCGCUUCUGGGCCCUCAUCCCGAUCGCCCGUCUUUCCACCUCUUCGAACCGCUCUUUUUCCCUCUCGUCUUCUCUCACCACCGCUCUUUGGGUUGUCACCCCCGCUCCUCCCCCGCCUCCCGCCACCAUGGAUGGAAUCAAGAACGCUUUUGCCAGAGCUAAGCAGGAGAAGCGUGCUGCUCUGGUGGCCUACUUCACCGCUGGAUACCCUACCGUCGAGGAGACGGUAGAUGUCCUGCUGGGUUUGGAAAAUGGAGGUGCCGACAUUAUCGAGAUGGGAAUGCCCUUCACCGACCCCAUCGCUGACGGCCCGACCAUCCAGAAGGCAAACACCCAGGCUUUGGCUAAUGGCGUUACGAUCCCGAUUGUGCUGGACAUGGUCCGUGCCGCCAGAAGCAAGGGUCUCCGCGCCCCUGUCCUGCUGAUGGGCUACUACAACCCCCUCAUGCAGUACGGUGAGGAGCUCAUGCUCCAGCAUUGCAAGGAGGCCGGCGUUAAUGGCUUCAUCAUGGUCGAUCUGCCCCCGGAGGAGGCCGUCCGCUUCAGAGACCUUUGCACCAGCAACGGUCUCUCCUACGUCCCCCUCAUCGCUCCCGCCACUUCCGAGUCCCGCAUGAAGCUCCUCUGCAAGAUCGCCGAUUCCUUCAUCUAUGUCGUCUCCCGCAUGGGUGUUACCGGUGCCACCGGUGCCCUCAGCGCGAACCUGCCCGACCUCCUGUCUCGCGUCCACACCUGGUCUGGCAACGUCCCGACCGCGCUCGGAUUCGGUGUCAGCACUCGCGAGCACUUCCUGUCUGUUCAGAACAUCUCCGAGGGUGUCGUGAUCGGUAGUCAGAUCAUCACCGUCUUGGGUGACGCCCCUGCCGGCCAGGCGGCUGCCAAGGCCCAGGAAUACCUGUCCAGCGUUACUGGCCGUAGAAUUGAGAGAGACGCCCAGGGCACCGUCACUGGUUCCGUCUACGUGCUCGAGCCCGUCCUAAAGGAGGCCGCCCCCGCCGUGUCACAGCCCACUGAUGUCAUCACCAACGAUGACACCCCCGCCGGCCCUGGCCUGGUUGACCAGAUCGAUGCCCUGAACGGAUCUGGCGACCUGGCCGCCAUCCCGUCUCGCUUCGGUGAGUUUGGUGGUCAGUAUGUCCCCGAGUCUCUCAUGGACUGCUUGGCCGAGCUGGAGCGUGGUUUCGAGGAGGCCCGCAACGACCCCAAGUUCUGGGAGGAGUACCGCUCCUACUACCCGUACAUGGGACGUCCCAGUAGCCUCCACCUCGCCCAGCGUCUCACAGAGCACGUCGGUGGUGCCAACAUCUGGCUGAAGCGUGAGGAUCUCAACCACACCGGUAGCCACAAGAUCAACAACGCCCUGGGUCAAAUCCUUCUCGCCCGCAGACUGGGCAAGACCAGGAUCAUUGCCGAGACUGGUGCCGGCCAGCACGGUGUCGCCACUGCCACUGUCUGUGCCAAGUUCGGCAUGGAGUGUGUCGUCUACAUGGGUGCCGAGGAUGUCCGUCGUCAGGCCCUCAACGUCUUCCGUAUGAAGCUGCUCGGUGCCUCCGUUGUCGCCGUUGACGCCGGUAGCCGCACCCUGCGUGAUGCCGUCAACGAGGCCCUCCGCGCCUGGGUUGUCCACCUCGACACCACCCACUACAUCAUCGGGUCCGCCAUCGGCCCUCACCCCUUCCCGACCAUCGUGCGUACCUUCCAGUCCGUCAUUGGCGACGAGACCAAGCAGCAGAUGCAGCAGCUCAUCGGCAAGCUGCCCGACGCUGUCGUCGCCUGUGUCGGCGGAGGCAGUAACGCCGUCGGCAUGUUCUACCCCUUCUCGAACGACCCCAGCGUCAAGCUUCUGGGUGUGGAAGCCGGCGGUGACGGUGUCGACACGGAGCGCCACUCCGCCACCCUCUCCGGCGGCAGCAAGGGUGUGUUCCACGGUGUCCGCACGUACGUCCUGCAGGACAAGCACGGCCAGAUCACCGAGACGCACUCCAUCUCCGCCGGUCUGGACUACCCCGGAGUGGGUCCGGAGCUGAGCAACUGGAAGGACAGCGAGCGCGCUCGCUUCGUCGCUGCCACCGACGCCGAGGCGCUGACCGGAUUCCGCACCCUUUCCCAGACGGAGGGUAUCAUCCCCGCGCUGGAGUCCUCGCACGCCGUCUUCGGGGCCAUGGAGCUCGCUAAGGCUAUGGGCAAGGGCGACAUCGUCCUCAACCUGAGCGGAAGAGGUGACAAGGAUGUCCAGAGCGUCGCGGACGAGCUGCCCCGCCUGGGACCCAAGAUCGGCUGGGACCUGCGGUUCUAAGGGCUGGGUCGCGCUGUUUGUUAUAUACCUCGUGCGUGUUUGUUAGUUAAAUCCACCUAGAUUUCGGCUCUGCAUUCUGCAUUGACUGUGUCUGGUCUUGGAUGGAGGACUGGAUAUAGUCACAUUAUCUGCUAUCUGCUGUCUGCUGCUGUUUCGGUCCAUGAGCGAGGGAAGGAAAAGUUGGUUCUGUUGGGAUUCGGUUGGGGUUAGUUAGAGCACAUAUACCUAUACAAUGGGGAUUUCUUUUGAUCAAAGGACUGU